AUGUAUCCCGAGAGGCCACAGUCUGACGCAGACUUGGUUCCGCUUCCACAGUGCGAUGGCCCCAAGUUGAAAGCUUUCGACUUCCAAGGCCCCCAGCAGAUCGAGUUCUUAGACUACCUAGGGUCGGGAACACAUGCUAUUGUGUUCAAAGUCAAUAUAAGAGGUCAGAUCUAUGCUCUCAAACUUUUCAGGUUCACGAGCGACGAAAGCUGGGUCUCUCCAGCAGACGAGGCCAGCCAGGAUGAUCUCGAGGCACUCAGCGCCUUUUACCCAUAUUCUGAGCCUUUCAGCUGCGAAUGUCGUGCUUUUGGCCGGCUCCAGGAGGCCGGUCACGAAGAACUGGCUACCAAGUGUUACGGCUAUGUUCUGUUGGAUGAUGCGCACGAGAACGCCAUGAUGAAUAAGUUCGCCCAUGUCCCCGCCCACAAACUCAACUUCAAUUAUGAUGGUUAUCACGAUGAUGAUGAAGAUGAUUAUUAUAAUGACCCCAAUCUUCGAGAUAUGAGGUCUCGUUUUCUUUGCAGCGACGGUAGCCUCCCGCCACUUCGAGGUAUCGUUAAGGAGUUUGGACAGAGCGAGGAGGACUUGGAUAACAAAGGCGCCAAAAGGCUCCUUAGAGACAUCAAACACAUACAACAACUUGGAAUUACGGCCCUAGAUAUUGCAUGCAGGCAGAUCAUCAGUGGUAAGCUGUCCGAUUUCAGCACAGCCGUCACGGUUCCUCACUUUGUCAGCAACCCAGAGUGGAAUCCACAUCUCACACCAGAUUGGAAAUCAGAUCUGGAGCUUGAACUUUUCACCCUCUGCUACAUGGACUAUCGAAGUUUUGAUCUAAUAGUGCACGACUGGAACGAGGAGCACAAGGAUGAAAAGAAGAAGCAAGUCAAGGUUAGAGCGCUGCCGGAAGGAUGGCCUCCUGAGCGUAGGCGGUUGAGAAACACUCCGGCUCGUGAACGCCUCUAUACCUAUGUUGAUCCGAGGAACUACAAGAAGUAUCUUCCAGUCACUGACAGAAGAGGAAGGAUUGUCAAGAGAAAGGAAGCUCUUCGAAGGAAGCCAUCCCUGUGGUACAUUGAAUGUGAAGCCGCCCCAGCACGCAGACUCAAGGAACUUGAAGAAAUUGACGGCGGCAUUCAUUGGCAGUACCAAAACGGACAUAUCGCGCCUUUGGAACGGGAAUAG